AUGGAAAAGAUGAUUGCAGUGGGAUUGAUAUGGGGCGCUACCAACGCUAUCAUGCGCCGUGGUGCACUUCUUUGGGACGAAGCACUCAAAUCCUCUUCCGCAAAACAACCCCAUCCUCAAUCAACAAAUCUCGCUCAAAAAAUCGCAUUCUCUCUCCGCAACUGGCUUAAGCUUCUCUCAAUUUGGCAAUACUCGAUCCCCUUUCUCGUUAAUCUCUCCGCCUCCGCCACUUUCUUCUCUAUUCUCUCCGAUGCUCCUCUCUCCCUCGCCGUCCCCGUCACCAACGCCACCACCUUCGCUUCCACUGCUCUCUUUGCUACACUCCUCGGAGAACAAACAAAUCUCCCCCGCACUUUCUUCGGUACUGCUCUCAUCAUCACCGGAAUUUGCUUGUGUAUCAAUUCAUAG